CUCUCCUCCUUUUCCGCAGCACCGCCUCUCCUUCUUGCCGAACCGUCUCGAUUUCCGAGUUAAAAGAAGACGCACCUCAAUUGCCGGCACACAAGCCGGCGAGCCCCGAGGGAUCCACACACCGGAGUGCCACCGACCCGCGGAUAUGGCCGAGGAGGCGAAGCACCUGGAGACGGGCCGGGCCGACCGCUCCGUGUGGCUCAUGAAGUGCCCGACCAUCGUCUCACGCGCCUGGCAGGAGGCGUCCGCCGCCUCCGCAGCUGGAGGCCCCAAACCUAACCCUAACCCCGUCGUCGCGAAGGUCAUCCUCUCCCUCGACCCACUCAGCUCGGACGACGACCCGGCACAGUUCAAGAUGGAGAUGGCUCAAACAGACAAUGGCAAUAAACCAAAGAGUUACUCUUUGAAUAUGUUCAAGGAUUUUGUGCCGAUGUCUGUUUUCUCAGAGUCUAACCAAGGGAAGCUUGCAUGCGAAGGAAAAGUCGAGUACAAAUUUGACAUGGAACCGCACAGAGAAAACCUUUCAGACUAUGCAAAAUUAUGCCGUGAGAGGACUGAAAAGUCCAUGAUUAAAACAAGAAAAGUGCAUGUACUUGAGAAGGACAAUGGAAUGGGCAUGCGGCCAUUGCUCAACAUUAUUUCCCUGACACCCGGUUUAAAGGAGAAGAAGAAGUCAAUACCAGCAAAAGUUUCUGACAUGAAAAGAACACGAAGGGAUCGUGGAGAAUUGGAGAUUAUCCUAUUCAAGCUAUUUGAGAGGCAACCGAAUUGGUCACUAAAGCAUCUAAUGCAGGAAACUGACCAACCAGAGCAAUUCCUGAAGGAGAUAAUGAACGAUCUUUGCGUCUACAACAAACGAGGACCAAAUCAAGGGACCCAUGAGCUCAAGCCUGAAUAUAAAAAGUCUGCUGAGGACACGAGUGCAGCUUGAAGUCUAUAUCAUAUUAUCAUCCAUCUUUUACGUCGAGCCACACCAAAGCUGGAAAUAGAAUAGAAACUAGCAUUGCUCUUAUGUAUUGAAUACGAGUAAUGGACAAAAUGGGGACUCCAAACUGUUUGUUGCUGCGUACCACGACUCUCAGAUGCUUGUCUGGUUGUUCCUGGCAAAUUAGUUUUCUCAUAAGCGGAUAAGCCCGAUGCAUCUUGUUAUGUCACUUUGCUAUAUCAAAGAUCAUGAGUUUCAGCUUCCUAAA